GAUCCCUCCUCCUGCUUAUCUCUACAGUUCUUAUAUUUUAAUCGUCCUUUCUUAUCCCAAAACCUCAACAAUCUUGCCAAACUACUUCACAAUUACCACGUACUAUAAAUAAAUCGACAUGAACAAACCAGCAGGUGGCUCUCCUAGCCUGAGCGACAAGCAAGAGUUCUUGGAAAUCAAAAGCGUUUCACUUGAAUGGAAACUUUCAAACUUGAAACACAUUUUCGAUUCAUCCAAGGGUGACACAAAGUCAAAGUGUGUUAAAUCUGCGUUCUUCGGCCAAGGAAAAUGGCAAGUGUUUUUCUACCCAAAUUCCGGCCACGACCAGUAUUGCUCCCUCUACCUAUCUUGCCAACCAACGCCUGAGGAAUUCGAGAAAGCCGCUGUAUACCAAUUAACAAAGCAUUCACUCUUGCCAUCAUCCGCUUCUUCUGCAAGCCUCAGCCCCAAUUCUGCUCAUCUCAAACCACUUGAUCCAAAUCAGGUACCAUGGCAAAGGGAAGGACUCUUCAAGUUCACCUUCGAGAUCAAAAGUUUAGAUCGUAGAACGACCUACAAGACCAUGGAAGCCAACGAUCAUGCAUUCAGUCAUGAAGCUCGCAACUGGGGAUGGGCUCAAUACUGGAGAAGAAACGAUGCCUAUUAUUCCAACCCUUCUGCAAAGUAUAACGAUGCAUUUCUGAUCUGCUGUACCAUAGUUUACUCUCCAACCCCACCUGCCCCUCAACCAACGACUCAGUCCAUCAAGAAGCUCAUGCCGUUGGAUCUCCUCGAGGCCUAUUCUUCUCUCUUUAACGACCCAUUGUACUCGGAUAUAUGCUUUAAGAUAAUUCGUCGCCGCCGUCAUCGCGAUGCAAAUUCAGAUCAAAGAGGCACCUCCAAUUAUGUUGUUCGCAGGCUGUAUGCUAGCAAAAAGAUUCUCAUCCGACGCAGUGAAUACUUCAGCACGAUGUUUGGCUCUGGUUUCGCCGAGUCUACCGUUACUCUCAGCAACGAUUCUUCUGAUGAUCCCAAUCAACUGAAGGACUUGAUGAACUCCGACCGAUUCUCCCCGGGAGAACCCUGCGACGACGAUGACGAAGAUGACUUGAUGGAGGAAGAUUCAGAUGAUUGUGAUGACGAUGAAAAUGUAAUGAAUGAAGACUAUGAAGAUGAGGAAUUAACGGAAGAACCCAUCCUCAAAGAAAAGCAGCUUGAGUCCUACGAGACUGGUGCUGAACCAGCAAAGAGGGAUUCAGGAGAUCACGAGUUAAUCAGACUCCAAGAUAAUAACGAUUCAUUUGGCACAGCGAAUCACGAUAAAAUACUGCAAUCAGAUGGCAGUGCGGACAGAUCAUUGAAUAUACUGACGAGCGAUGGAAUGGCUGAAGAAAACGGUCAAUCAGUCAACUACGGUACAAUUGCUGAUAACAGCUCUGAGGUUCUCCCAGAAACGCCUCCAGCUCAUUUGACUGCCCUUGAUCCUCAGACUUCCCAUCUGACGAGUCUCAACCCGGCGCCGGUCUGCUCAGCUUCCCCGGGCUUGAAAAUCACACACCAACCAAAUUCAAAUCACCCCAGCCAAGAUAAUCGAGCUGCUUUGAAAAUCGGUCACUCCAAUCCCUCGACCGAUUUAUCUCCUACUCGGACCACACAUCAAACCAAAUCAGGCGGCCAAUCCAAGCCAGCGCGAAAGCCCACCAACUUGAGAUCAUCAAGGAAAAUGACGGUGAUCGAAGUCACUGACGCAGCUUACACAACUUUCAAGGCUUUGUUGUACUUCUUAUACACUGAUUCAAUAUCUUUUGCACCAUUGUCAUCAACGUAUCAUUGUUUGAAAGAUGAGGCUUUGGAAGCAGGCGUCCCAUUCUGUUAUCCGUCUCGAAAGGCCUAUGGAAAUGCCGUGAUAGCCAAGGCGGCCUUUAUCGGCAGUGGGGGCCAAUCUGUUCCAAAUGGACCAGCAGUUGAUUCCAGUCUAGUAUGCAGUGCGAAAGCUAUAUAUCGAUUGGCGGAUAAGUUGAAUCUGACAGAACUCAAGUCGAGAGCCUUUGAGCACAUCACACGAUCCUUGACGGUACAAAACAUACCGAUGGAAGUAUUCUCGAGUUUCACAUCGGCGUAUGAAGAGAUCAGAAAAAUCGAAGUCAACUACAUGCUAACUCAUUGGAAUGAAGUUCGAGACGGAAGAUCGAUGAAGACUGUGUUGAAGAUGCUCAGCGAUGGCGGAAAAGUAUGCUCAGGCUUCAGCGAAAUCUGGUCUGUCUUACUAUCGAAUUUGGAGUUCAAGCCGAAGUCGAUCGACAACACACUCAACCUUGGAGUCGUCAGUGCUGGACCCCAACAAGUCGGACAUCUUCAACACCAUCAAAACGAUAGCAGUCAAGAUGCUGUCGUACCCGUUGCUGGUGGCAGUGCCGUUGCUGGGAUAGGUUCUUCUCAAGGCAGAGAAGCAGUCGAAUUGCUAUGGAAUCCUGCCGAUCGUGUUGUUCAAGGCGGCGGCAGUGGAGCUAGUAACUAGAUUGGACCACAGUCUAUCCAAUUCCAUCUUCCUUCCCUUUAGCAAAUUCUGGUUUGUGUGAAGCAAAGGAUUUCUUUCUGCUGAAUGUUAGUUUGUCUUCCUUUUUUUUUGUGGCAUGUGUGUGUCUUCUGGCUUGGUCACUGUGAUGGCCUGUAUUUUUUUGUUUUUUCAAUCCUCAAGUUUGUCUGCAAUUGAGGUGAUGAACCUGUUGAAAAUACAUGUAAAUAUCCAAGCAGUUGAAUUGUUGUUUGUAUUCCCCUUGCAUUCCUUUUGUUGUUGCUCUCUCUCUCUCUUUCUUCUCCUUUGCUAUGUCUUCCCUCUUCUUCUACACCCAAGACCUUGUUUUCACUUUUCCCCUCCUUUUCUGAAAACCAAUCUCAAGUCUGAUGCAUGAUAGAUCCAUAAGGAUCAUGUAAUACAUAAGAUGUCAAUAA